GCCCGGCCCUUCGCCACGCCUCGUUGCUCUUUGCUUCUCCGCCCUCCGCUCCGCCGCGGCGGCUGCUGCUUGUUUAGCGGGGGUGGCCUUGGCUAUAGCGGGCGGCUUCGCUGUUUUUAUUCACUGCGACCCGUGAGGGAAGAAAGGCGGAGGAAAGGCCGCGCGCGGCUGGGCGCGCCUGGCGGCGGGAGGAGGCGCGGCGGGGGUGUUUUGUUCACCGCCGACCGACCGACCCAGCCAAAGCCGCACGGCGCUCCUGUCAGUCGGUGGCUGGCGCGGGUAGGAGGCGGGCUCCUUCUUGCCCUCGUUGGCGGGUAUGAGAAGGCCCCGCCAAACGGCAGCAGCACAAACGGCGACCCUGCAGAUCCUGACGCAGAGCCGGCCCCGGAGCCUCGACUGCUCCUGACAGCUCAGCCCACAGCCGCCGCCGCGCCAUGCGUCCCGGGCGGUGGUGGUCGGGGCCGGCCCUGACUUUGGCCUUGGCCGUGGCUCUGGCUGGGAUGGGCACCUGGAGUCUGGCCAAGGUUUGUCCGAGUAUAGACAUCCGGAAUAACAUGACACUUUUCAGCAUGCUUGAGAACUGCACUGUGAUUGAGGGACAUUUGCAGAUCUUGCUUUUGUUCAGAACUAAGGCUGAGGACUUUCGAGAUCUCAGCUUCCCUAUGCUGACAAUGGUAACCGAAUACGUCUUGCUAUUCCGGGUCUACGGUAUGGAGAGCCUCAAGAAGCUUUUUCCCAACCUUACUGUGAUCCGUGGGACUCAUCUCUUUUUCAACUAUGCUUUGGUCAUCUUUGAGAUGGUUCACUUGAAAGAAAUUGGCCUUUAUAACCUGAUGAACAUCACACGAGGGGCUGUGCGGAUUGAGAAGAAUGAUGAGCUCUGCUUUUUGUCAACCAUUGACUGGUCUCGGAUUUUGGACUCUGUGGAAGAUAAUUAUAUUGUUGCUAACAAAGAUGAUAAGAAAGAGUGUGGAGAUGUAUGCCCAGGAAUAAUGCAAGGGAAAAGCAACUGCCCUCAAACUGUGGUCAAUGGAGAUUUCAUUGAGCGUUGUUGGAGUCAUGACCAUUGCCAGAGAGUGUGUCCUGCCACAUGCAAGUCUCAGGGCUGUACCCCAACUGGCAAGUGCUGCCACACAGAGUGCCUUGGCAACUGCAUUGGGCCCAACAAUCCAGAGAAGUGUGUGGCGUGCCGGAAUUUCUUCUUGGAUGGCAAGUGUGUAGAGACAUGUCCACCUAAUUACUAUCGCUUCAAAGGCUGGCGGUGUGUGACUUUUGACUUCUGUCAGGAGCUGCACAAUAAAUGCAAGAUGGCCCGUGAGUCUGAAUGCUAUGUUAUCCACAAUGGCGCAUGCAUCUCUGAUUGCCCUUCAGGUUACACCUUGAACUCCACCAACUUGCUCUGCACACCCUGUGCAGGGCUUUGUCCAAAAGUUUGUGACUUGGGUGAAGAAAAGGUAAUUGAUUCAGUUACUGCUGCACAGGGGCUCCGAGGCUGCACCAUUGUGAACGGAAGCUUGAUUAUCAGCAUUCGUGGAGGAACUAACAUUGCUGCUGAAUUGGAAGCCAACCUUGGUUUGAUUGAAGAAAUCUCAGGUUACUUGAAAAUCAGUCGCUCCUAUGCCCUGGUCUCUCUCUCUUUUUUCCGCAAGCUCCACCUGAUCAGAGGACAGACUUUGGAAGCAGGGAAUUAUUCGUUCUAUGCCCUGGACAACCAGAAUCUCCGCCAGCUUUGGGACUGGAGCAAGCACAAUCUCACUAUUGCCCGGGGGAAGCUGUUCUUCCAUUACAACCCCAAGUUGUGUCUAUCAGAAAUCCAUAAGUUGGAAGAGAUCUCCGGAACAAAAGGGCGCCAGGAGAAGAAUGAUAUUGCUCUCAAGACCAAUGGCGACCAGGCUUCUUGUGAGAAUGAAGUGCUGAAGUUUUCUUUAAUAAAAACAUCCAGUGACAAAAUUGUACUGAAAUGGGAGCCAUACUGGCCACUGGACUUCCGCGACCUUUUGGGCUUCAUGCUGUUCUAUAAGGAAGCUCCCUUCCGGAACGUGACGGAAUUUGAUGGCCAGGAUGUUUGUGGCUCCAACAGCUGGACGGUGGUGGAUAUUGAACCUCCUCCCCGGCCGACUGAUGGCAGGACACCAUUCCAUCCUGGGUUUCUGAUGCGGAACCUGAAAGCCUGGACUCAGUAUGCCAUUUUUGUGAAGACACUGGUUACCCAUUCAGAUGAGCAGAAGAUCUAUGGGGCGAAGAGCGAGAUCAUAUACAUUCAGACUAAUGCUUCUGUGCCAACUGUCCCCCAGGAUCCAAUUUCGGUUUCCAACUCUUCAUCACAGAUCAUUCUGAAGUGGAAACCACCUUCUGAUCCCAAUGGGAAUAUUACACAUUAUAUGGUAUCCUGGGAACAGCAAAGUGAAGACAGUGAACUCUAUGAACUAGAUUACUGUCUGAAGGGCUUGAAGCUACCCUCUCGGACAUGGUCUCCCCCGUCAAUAGACCAACCCAAGCCCAAUGAAACUGUGGGUGAAAAACCGAGUGAGGAGUGUUGUUCCUGUCCAAAAACAGACUCUCAGAUCCAGAAGGAGUUGGAGGAAUCUGCCUUCCGGAAGACUUUUGAGAAUUACCUCCACAAUGAAGUAUUCGUUCAGAGGCCUGCAGAAGGAUCAAGAAGGCGGCGGGAUCUCGGGAGACUUGCUAACAGCACCAUGGUGUCUCCAACCACCCUGGGCUUGCUGAAUGCUUCCACGACUGCCCCAGAGAUCCCAGAGGAGCCGAAGCCUUUUCAGACGAUGGUUUUCAAGGAGUCGGUAGUCAUAUCCAACUUGCGACACUUCACCGGGUACCGUAUUGAGAUCCAAGCCUGUAACCGUGAAGCCUCAACAGUAUGCAGUGUUGCAGCCUAUGUCAGUGCCCGGACCAUGCCAGAAGGAAAAGCUGAUGAUAUUGUUGGCCCUGUGACUCAGGUGUUAAUAGACAAAAGUACAGUCCAUUUAAAGUGGCAGGCGCCGAAGGAGCCAAAUGGGCUGAUCAUCCUCUAUGAAGUGAACUAUGGACGCCUUGGAGACACAGAGGAGCAACGUUACUGUGUCUCUCGUCGACAGUUCUCCAGUGACCAGGGCUGCAAGCUGCGAGGGCUGCAACCUGGCAACUACAGUGUGCGCAUCCGAGCUACUUCAUUAUCAGGAAAUGGGUCAUGGACAGAGCCCAUCUACUUUUACAUUUCUGAUUAUUUGAAUGCCCCCACCAAUCUUGUAGGCAUCAUUGUUCCAAUCAUUUUUGCUGUCUUUUUAAUUGUGGUUAUUGGAGGAGCUUAUAUCUUUGUCAAGAAAAGGCAAACAGAAGGACCAACAGGACCACUCUAUGCAUCUUCCAAUCCAGAGUAUCUCAGUGCCAGUGAUGUUUAUAUCCCUGAUGAAUGGGAGGUCCCACGUGAGAAAAUUGCACUCCUGCAGGAGUUGGGACAAGGCUCCUUCGGCAUGGUGUAUGAGGGAAUUGCCAGAGACGUUGUGAAAGGCGAGGCAGAGACCCGAGUAGCAGUAAAGACGGUGAACGAGUCUGCCAGCCUGCGGGAGCGUAUCGAGUUCCUCAAUGAGGCUUCGGUGAUGAAAGGUUUCAGCUGCCACCAUGUGGUUCGUCUCUUAGGAGUAGUAUCAAAAGGGCAACCAACACUAGUAGUUAUGGAGCUGAUGGCGCAUGGAGACCUGAAAAGCUAUCUGAGGUCUUUGCGGCCAGAUGCAGAGAAUAACCCUGGCCGCCCACCUCCAACUCUCCAAGAGAUGAUUCAGAUGGCUGCUGAGAUCGCUGAUGGCAUGGCUUAUUUGAAUGCGAAGAAAUUUGUCCACAGAGAUUUGGCAGCACGAAACUGUAUGGUGGCUGAAGAUUUCACAGUCAAAAUAGGAGACUUUGGCAUGACCAGAGAUAUCUACGAGACAGACUACUAUCGCAAAGGAGGAAAGGGUCUGCUGCCCGUGCGCUGGAUGGCUCCAGAGUCAUUGAAGGAUGGUGUCUUCACAGCCUAUUCAGAUGUGUGGUCUUUUGGCGUUGUCCUUUGGGAGAUCAGCAGUUUAGCAGAGCAGCCUUACCAAGGACUCUCCAAUGAGCAGGUCCUCAAGUUUGUCAUGGAUGGGGGUUGCCUCGAAUGGCCAGAAAACUGUGCAGAGAGACUCCACAACCUCAUGCAGAUGUGUUGGCAGUACAAUCCCAAGAUGCGCCCCUCCUUCAUCGAGAUCAUCGAAAUGCUGAAGGAUGAUCUUCACCUGACUUUCCGAGAAGUCUCCUUUUUCUACAGUGAGGAGAAUAAGCCCCCAGAGACAGAAGAGUAUGAGCUGGACUUUGAAAACAUGGAGAGCAUCCCCCUGGACCCAGCCUCUUACUCGCAGCGGGAUGAGAUCCUAGGGCGGGACAACGGGCCCUCUCUAGGGUUCAAAGGGAACUAUGAGGAGCACAUCCCUUACACUCACAUGAAUGGGGGCAAGAAGAAUGGCCGUAUCCUCUCCAUGCCUCACUCAAGCCCAUCCUCAUAGUUCCUUUGGCUUUUCCACAUUAUACAAAUCUCAGGACUUGCAGUAUUGCUGACACAGCAUUUGAGACACACAGACUCACUUUCUAUUCAGAUUUUUAAUCAUCAAAAUAUAAUGACCAUUUGAGAUAGGGGAGGGUGUCCUGUGUGUUUCUGUUCUCUUCUUCUUUUUUGGUGCAACAAUUCACUUGCUGUCAGUGGACUUUAUCUGUGAAACAAAUGGACAGUUCUGUGGCUGCUGAUCUCCCCAUGCAACUCUGAUUUUGAGGUGGGAAGUGAUUUCACACAACGACAUUUGAAAGAAGAACUUCCACCUGCCCUUGUUCUGAGCAGAGGAACUGGGGGUUCUCUUUACUACUGCAGGGAAGGGAGCCUCAGACUGGAUCGUUCCCAAGCAGAACCUGAAGCUCUUCUCUUCUGCCAGCCUCUUUGGGGAGGCUCUUUUGUGAUUUUAGCAUUUUUUGAAGGCUGAAGGAUCUUCAGGAUGUGUGGAAUAUGGUCUGUCUUUUUCCUUUGAUUUGACCAACAGCUGCUGCUUUUCUUCUUAAUGGAUUAACUAGUAUGUGUGCCCUGAAUGUGUAUGUGAGUGUAUGGAGAUAUAUGUGAAAAUGGGUAAGUCCUAUUGUACAUAAUAGUUUUAUCUAACCACAGAGGCGAGAGAGUGUCACUGUCCUUCCUGCCUGGCCCUAAUUCCUCUGACAUGAAUGAAUUUUGAAUACAUUAUUUUUAUACUGAAGAACUCUCGGGGGAUUGGAUCUCCUUUGCCAUUCAGUAAAACGAGGUAGCCAAAGUGGUAGCCAAUAUUCUGUUUAGGAUUUUGUGAGACAUUACAAGACUAAACAAGGCAAAGCAAGCCAAAUUCUCUCCCCUCCUUCUUACCGACCUGCCUCAUGAGUCUAGAGCUCUGUCUGGUUAGCAUUAAGUGUAUAUGUUUGUUGUGACAUAUUUAAAUCAUAGACAGUGAACCACCGUAUAAAUUAUUGACACCUUCCUUGACCUGUUUUGUUUUUUUGUUUUGGUUUAGCUUUUGCCCUUUCAAGGGGAAAAGAGGUGGAACUCGCUUGUUUGGUCUUUAAGGGGCCUUAAGCUGAUUCUGGCAAGUUAAGUGCUAGGAGGUAUAGUGCACAAACCUGUACUUUAAUAUUCAAAUAAUAGAGUGGCGUGUGCAUAUUAAUUUUUCAAUAGAUUGUACAAACCCACCGUUAUGCAAAUUCUGAAACAGUUGGUCACCAGUGGUGAAAUCUUAAGCCUUAGCAGCUCUGACGGAGGUCUCUGAGCUCAGAAAGUUCCAUGGAGACUGCCUACAUUUUAUUGGUCUCUGUGACUCUUCUCCUUCCCAAUUUGUGGAGGUCUUUUUAGUAUGUGCUUAGACCAGAGAAGAGCUACUUAAUCUCUCAGCUAGAAAGUGUUCUAACUAAGGGAGAAAAAAGAAUAAAAACCAGCUCUUUCUGCUUACAUGGAGCAAAGUUAUCGUGUAAGUUGGGCUCUGGAGCCUCCAUGCACAGUCUUUUGAGUCAAUGGUUGUAUUUUUCCCCUUGGCUUUCUCCUGCCAUUUCUGCUUAGUAAGCACAGCAUAAGAUGGGGCCAGAGAGUAAAUGUCCAGGGGCACACUGUCCAUCCACAGUUCACUGAGGUUUCUUGCACACCUUUCAGUAGAUUGAACAGAAGCAAUGCAGGCACCCUCCCAUCUGCAGUCAAGCUUCUGUGGAAGAACUGUCUGGAGGUUUAUCCAGUCCAGCGUCUUGUUGUUCCAACAGUGGCCAACCAGUGCCCAAGUUGGUAACCCCCAAGGAAGGGCAGGCUUGUUGGUCCCCAAACAACUGAUGUUCAACAAUUACUUCUGGAGGAUACGGGGCUUUGAGGGCCUGUACUGUAGCCCAGUGAAAAUUUAUCUUGUCCACUUCUAAAAUCCCUUAGGCCCAAAGACUGUUAGAAGAUGAAUUCUGAAAAGGGAAGCAGAGAGGGAUGGCAUAUCUUUAAAGUUUACCAGUUAGAAACAGCAAUGUAAUCUUUCUACAUGUGUGGCAUUGCCACCUUUGUUUUUGUACCCUCCACCAGCGUUGAUUAUGUAUUUCAGUCCCCAUCAGUAUAGAUUAUGUGUUGGUAAGUACUUCUUUCUCGGUUCUGGAGAUCAGAAGUAGCUUCUGAGUUCAGUUUUCUGAUAAUGUCUCCCCAGCCUCCAGUGCACUUUAACCUUUUUGUCGCCUGCCCAUGCCUUCCCCCAGUCUGUCCCCCUAAGUACGUGGGUUCUGUUUUAAUCAUUUAUAUCUCAAGUUCCAACUUCACAUUUCAAGUGCUCUUCAGUGCAAGAUGAAUCCGUUCAUCUGCUGAAAUAGGACCUCACCAGAAGCUUUAUCUCAGUUUUCCUGCGUUUUACAUAAGCUUUUAAUUUCCCCCCCCAUAUAAUGUGAAUUUUUAUGAAAAAAACAAGGAUCGUAUUAUCAUUAUGAAAAAGCAGAUUUUAGGGGUUUGGGUUUCAAUCUAGAUUAAAACUUAAACUCUUGAACUUGUCAGUGUUUUUCACCCAAGCCUUGCAGGCUAGCAGAGAAGGUGUAGCUCUUCUUAUUUUAGUUCAUCCGUUUCCCCAAUUAGUUAUGUUUGGCAUGAAAGAACAAGGGUGGUCUCCAGGGAUUUUCUCUUUUUCCCUUCCCUAUUUCAUCCUGAAGUGCUUCUAGAUUUUUGGAAGCAAAGCAACGUUCACCUGACAUUUGAGAGUAAUCAUCUCACCAAUAUAAUUGCUUUAUUGAUUGGGGGGAUGGGAAAUUAAAACUGAUGAGUUGUCUUAAAAUCUUAAAACAAGCAUUUCUAGAAAAUUUUAUGCCACCCAACUGGAUGUACUUACAUGGAGAAGUUUGAACUAGCAUCCCUGUUUCUGAGAACCCGAGCCUGCCGGUGUGUUGUGUCUUUGAGGAAAGAGAACGAGCAGAUGUGGCCGUCCCAAGAGGAUUUCUGCUCUCGUCGGAGGCAUAGCAAAAGUGUUGCCUUAGGAGCCAGUCAACUUCUUCCCAGUUUAUGUGUGUAUGUGAUCACAGAACACAGUUUUUGAUUGUUGGGUUUUUAUAUUAAAAAAGCCUCUUGUUUUAAAAUAAAGGAUCAACGUGCCAUGGUUUUGAAAAAAAAAAUAGAGAAUAUACUCACUUGAUUUAUUUUUUCAGUGCUUUCAUAUAAGAGCCAAGCAGUGAUAUGUACAGAGAGUAUCUUUGAAUAUAAAGUGAAAAUUUGCUGUGUGUAAAAUAUUAAACAAUUAACUGUUUAUAUUCAAAAUAAAUUCUGAAUAAAUUAUCCAAGGGUAUAUCUAA